UACAACACAAAAGCUUACAUUUCAUACUCUUUUUGUGCUAGACACAGGGCCCCUGAAAAUGCACUGCAGGGACUGUGCCCUGGUCACCAGCUCAGGGCAUCUACUACGCAGUCAGCAAGGCCCCCAGAUUGACCAGACAGAGUGUGUCAUCCGUAUGAACGACGCCCCCACACGUGGCUACGGGCGUGAUGUGGGCAAUCGCACCAGCCUGAGGGUCAUUGCACAUUCCAGCAUCCAGAGGAUCCUCCGCAACCGCCAUGACCUUCUCAAUGUGAGCCAGGGAACCGUAUUCAUCUUCUGGGGCCCCAGCAGCUACAUGCGGCGGGACGGCAAGGGCCAGGUCUACAACAACCUGCAGCUCCUGAGCCAGGUGCUGCCACGGCUGAAGGCCUACAUGAUCACGCGCCACAAGAUGCUGCAGUUUGAUGAGCUCUUCAAGCAGGAGACUGGCAAAGACAGGAAGAUCUCCAACACUUGGCUCAGCACUGGCUGGUUCACAAUGACGAUCGCUCUAGAGCUCUGUGACAGAAUCAACGUUUAUGGCAUGGUGCCACCAGACUUCUGCAGGGACUCCAAUCACCCUUCAGUACCUUAUCAUUAUUAUGAACCUUUAGGACCUGAUGAAUGUACAAUGUACCUCUCCCAUGAGCGAGGACGGAAGGGCAGUCAUCACCGCUUUAUCACAGAGAAACGAGUCUUUAAGAACUGGGCACGGACAUUCAAUAUUCACUUUUUUCAACCAGACUGGAAACCAGAAUCACUUGCUAUAAAUCAUCCUGAGAAUAAACCUGUGUUCUGAGGAGUGAGCUUGCCAAACUGUGAUCCUGGGUACCAACCAUACCAGACACAGGGGUGCUGAACUUCCUGAGCCCUCAGACAGAAAUGAAGAGUAGAACCAGUGGCAAAAAGCUGCUUCACUCAUUAACAAGUACCAUGGACAGACGCCUAUCCAACAUGGCUGCAAGGCAGUAUCGUUAGUUUGUAAAGAAAAAUGCCAGAAUGAAUACAUUCUAAUGAGCAUUGUCCCUUCAAAGGUGUGACCUUAGGAGCUGAACACUCAUUUCAGUGAUGCUGCCAUGACUAACAACAUGUGGAUUUCUCAAGAUUGCCUUCGAAACACUAUUAGUUGCAUUUCUUUAUAGAAACGCUAUGUUGAAAGACAUUUUUCUAUCAAACUGUAUCCUAACCUGAUCUAUAUCUUCUGUCAUCUGUUGGGCUCUGUAUGUGUGAUUUGUAAAACGCAGCCUGUAAGUAUGGACAUGAUUUCUGAAGAGCACAUCUUCACUGACUUUCAUAAAGCAAAUGUCUAAUAUUUAUUUAUUGAGAGUUUUUUAGUGCAUUCUAGGCCAGUAUUUUUAUAAAUUAUAAUUAUGUGGUAAUGUAUCUUUCCUAACUCUUUAAUCCUGAGUGAUGGUUAGAAAUGGCCUAGAACUGGGUUGAUGAGUUACUGUGUUCACAACGCUCACUGUUAGCAUGCAAUCAGUAUUUGACUUGGAAAUGUUGUGUUACAUUUCUUGAAUCCCUAGGCUUUAGGAAAAGUGCUGUUGCAUAGCAAGAAUAGCUAUAACAUUUUAUAAUGUGCAGAAAUGCUCAAAAAGGACAAAAUUGAAAACCAAAAACUAUGUUAUUAAAAAAAUGCUAAUAAGAGAAACUUAGAGGUAGUUUUCUUUCAUCAUAAUUGAUAUGAGUAACUUUUCUAAAGUCCUCGUUUCCUCUUCUGCUGAAUGAAGUCACUUUACCACUUGACUUCUUAGGUUUUACUCCAAAUCUAAAAAGUCUGUGAGUUUCUUGUUGACCCCUUUUAAAAACAAAGUUUCCCAACAAUAGAAGGAAUCUUAGUUUGGGGAGCCUUUUAUAUCCUCAUACUAUUUAUCUCCCUCUUGUGGUUAAAAACGUACCUCCUCCUGGGUCACCGUUGGCUAAAAAUCUACCCUCUGCUUCUCUGGAGCAACAUACACACACACACACACACAAACACUUCUGGAUUUUUCCUCACUAUAAGAGCAAGGAAUUGCCCUUCUGUGAAAAGGUAAGAAUACAAGGAGAUUCUCUGUCAUACAAUUCAUUUGUCCUACAAACUUUCAGACUUGCUCACUGCAAAUAUUAGACUAUAUUCACUAGCAUUCCCUGGUCUGAAGGAGUAUGAAGGACUUACUAUAUUCAAAAUCAAUUAGUAUUAAUAGUAUAGAUGUUCAUUUAAAUAAUUAAUAUUAUUCAAAAUAGUUUUUUAAAAUACUGUUGCUUUUUUUACCCAUUACUUAGGAGGCAUUGUUUCUCUAAUGCCAAACGAAGGCACCAGCAAAUAUUAUGUAUGGACACUGACAUUAGCUUUACAAAAUAUGACCUGGCUUAUUACCACUUUCUUUUCCCUUUUCUUAAUUAGUAAUAAGAUUCCAUUUCAUUACACUACCUAGGACUAUUAAUUAUAUGGAGUACUGCUGUUGAAAUGAAAACAGUUCAUAUAGCAAAAAUAAGUUGGUAUUAUAGUGGUGUGGUGUAAGCUGUUAAAAGCCAGUAAAAUGAAAAUGGCUGUCCAGAACAUACUCAUGACUUUUAAAGAAACGAAUCAUUUUAUUCCAGGGCAAUACUUCCGUAGCGUGGACUCCAAACACACAAUAUUUAAGAACAUAUGAAUUUUUAUACAAUUUAUUUAUAAGCUACCUUUACAAUCACUUGAAGAAAUUAUGUUGCUCGGAUGUAGGUGUUCCUUUGACAAGUUCUAUAAUUAUGGGAAUUUGGAAAGUGUAGAUGGGACAUGCAAGGAUGUAAGUACAGUAGCUAAGUUAAUAUCAAUAGUAUCUCACAUGUCUAUGUACCUUUAGGUUUUAAGUUUUUUAUUCUACAGAAGACCAUUAUGAUAACGCCAAUCUUCCCCUCUCAAAUACUCAAAAGAGUGAAAAGCAAUCAAAUUCUGAAAUUCCUGGUGCCCCUGGAAAAUGUUUUAAAUCUAUAUGCAGCUAGGGUAUGUGAGUUCAUAUUCUGGGGGGAAAAAUGUGGUGUAAAUAAGUGUAAGAAAUUAUUACUUGGAUAGUGAUUUUAUUACAGCAUCAAAGAAAAUGACUAGAAUUCUGAUAAAUUGUUCUGAUGGACCUGGAUGUGGGCAAUUGAAUUUUUGUCUUGCCACUAUCAUUUCAUGACUGUCAUCUUAACAUCAUUCGACAUCAUUAAACAUAAACUCUGAUAUAAAAGUUGACUAUAAGAGCAUGUUUACAGACCUCAGUAAUUUCAGUAUCCAAUUGUGUUUGGAGCUUCAGUCACACGUUAUGUUCCAUACCUUUUUCUUCCCUCCCCGGCUGUGUUAUCAGCUUCCUCCUAGCCUUUAAGACUCCAAGAAUACAAUACCACAGCUGGCCGAUCCAUGGCUUAUGUUAUUUCAAUACGAGAACAUUUGGCAGAGGCCAUUACAAUAGAUAGCCAUUAUGGGCAAAGAUACAGGAAUUCACAAACAAAAUCAAUCACUUCAAAUGGCCCAUAAAAAGAAGAAUCUCACAUUUAAUAUUCUACAGUAAAUAUUCACCCAAGAAAGCGUACAUUAAAAGAACAUUAGGAGGUAAAUAUUCAGUGUACUGUGGGGGGACUUAGCUGUGUGAUUUCCAUUACCGUUAAUGGGUGUUUGGCAACUAAGUCCCUGUGCUUCACUAACCCUGGUACAUACUCCUAAGGGCUAGACAUAAAAGCAGAGCAAUGUAGGGACUUCCAUGGUCCUAAUAUUUCAGAGUUAGGUCUUUUCUUCAAAAAAUAAAUGAAAGUAAAACACAAAGUACCGUAUAUAGAAGAGAAAUGUGUGCAGUCUCCGGGAAUCUUUAGGUUACUACCAGAAUUGCGUACCAAAUUCCAAACAGCUCUCAACAGAGAACACCUUUGUUUUCUAAAGUUCUCUCCAUGGAUGAUCUAUUUGAAUUACUUUAGAAUUGAGGAAAAUAAUCUUAUUUUGUAACCACAAAACUCCCCUCAAAAAUUAAAGUUACUGAUUUAGAAGCCAAAUGAAUGGUAAGUUCAAGUGGAAGAAAAGGUUGAGAUUUCAUUAGAAUUAAGACAAUGCUAUUUUAAAUGCUGUACCUAUUUAAUACUUGCCCAAAUAUUGGCGCUUGUGUAAAGUGACCUCACUUUAAAUAUAAGCUUGGGAUCGGAUUCCACUGGAGCGAUGAAUCAAAUUGUUAAAUAGACCUAUUCUGCGAGAAGAAUCCAUGUUCUUAGUCUCUCUGCAGUGUUAGGAGGUGAUGUCAUCCUCUACAAAUUUCAUUCCUGACCCAAUCAUUUCUUUCUUCCUCAUUGCUUCUCUCCUGAACUUUAUUCUGUUUUCUGUCAUUCUCACCUGAUUGUCUUUUUUUGUCUUCUUUGCUCUUAAACCAGCAGUCUUUGGGGCAGUAAGGUCUUCCUUGUACUUUUCUUUUUAACUAUAGACCUGUCCAGGGAACAGAUUUGGGAUAGGUGCUGAAAGAGUAAUGACCUUAGUAGGUGGGAGGAGUACAUCUAGCUACAGGACAAGGUACUUCACAAAUACCGUCCUGUGUGCCUGGGGCCAUGGGGUAACAUAAAGGGAGUUCCAAGAGGCAGAUUUUUCAGUGCUAAAACUAGGACAGCCCCCUCAGAGACUCUAACACUCUAACAGAAGGUCACCUCAAAGAGAACUGUUAGAAGUCCAGAGUGGGGGUGGGGAGAGCAAACCCAUUGCCUAGGUUGUAGCACGUGCCAGAAGAUAUUUUUUACUGGAAAGCAGUGAGAAAGUGUCUACAAGACUUUAAAAUGAACUGGAGUCAUCCCUCUGUUCUAGCUUAUUCACCCCCCACCUACUCAGGUAUUGAAACGCAAAUGCAAAAAAGACUGAAUCCUGUUGGUUUCUAUUCAGUGCCCUAAUAUUAUAUAUGCUACCUUGGACUGUCCUUUGUCUUUUUAUGUAUGUGUCCUGUUAGUCUAAUUAGAUUGUAAGCUCCUUGAGGGCAGGGACUGUUUCCCCUUUGUCUCUGUAGCCCCUACCUAGUACAGUGCCUUGCUCACAAUAGGCGCUCAAUAAAUGUCUGUUGUU